ACUUGAUUCUCAUUGGACUUUCGUUGGCAAACUGAUCAAAAUCUCGACCAACGGUUCCUCAGAGGUCUCAAGUUCAAAACUUUUUCUCUCUGGGUCCUUACUUCUACCUUGGAACAACUGAGUACCGAUCUUAUCUUUAAAUUUCACGGCGAAGGAUUAGAAAUAAAGAAAUUACCUUUCUUUAACUAAAAAUCAAGCCAGAGAUGCUUAGCUUGCAGUGUCUUCCUCCUUUCUUCAUCUCCGUCCCAAAUCGGAGCACCAAUUCUUGCUCCACGGCUCCACUUCGUGCGGUCAGUGACUUCGCUGCUUCUCCGUCGACCUCAAUCUCUCGCCGUCUUAUCCUUCUCCGUCACGCUCACAGUUCCUGGGAUGAUCUUUCCCUCAGAGACCAUGAUCGUCCUCUAAGUAAAACCGGAGAAGCAGAUGCUGCCAAAGUAGCUCAAAUCCUCUCCUCACUCGGUUGGCUUCCCCAACUUAUUCUCUCAAGCGACGCCACUCGGACUAGAGAGACACUGAAGUCGAUGCAGGCUCAAGUAGAUGGGUUUAUGGAGGCAAAUGUACAUUUCAUUCCUAGCUUUUACUCCAUUGCUGCUAUGGAUGGCCAAACAGCCGAGCAUCUUCAAAACAUUAUCUCCAAAUAUUCAACCCCUGAUAUCUCCACUAUCAUGUGUAUGGGGCAUAAUAAGGGUUGGGAAGAAGCAGCUUCCAUGCUCUCUGGAGCUUCUAUUAAGUUGAAAACAUGCAAUGCUGCUUUGCUUCAGGCUUUUGGCAACUCCUGGGAAGAAGUUUGUUGAUUCAAUCCUUUUUUCAGAUAUGCAUGAGCUCGCUUUUUCUUUGAUUUGGAGCUAAUUCUUUCUUUUGGCCAUCACAGGCUUUUGCGCUGUCCGGGCCUGGUGGAUGGAAACUUGAGGGUCUAGUGGCUCCAGAUAGUAGCAUCUUUGUGUAAGAGAAUGGAACAUUACAAAGCUUCAAUUUUUAGCUUUUUCCAUGGUUGCAACUUUUGCUCCUACAGUAUGUCAUUCUUCAACUUCAUGUCUGUUGCAUAAUAUAUAUAAAAAGGUUGCAACGUCUCAUCCUUAUGUGCAUAAUUAAGCUCAGUUUUUAGCUACUGAAACAGAUGAGUAAAUCAAGAGUAGAUUGCGUCUCUUUAUUGUUUGUUUACCUUAUUAAUGUAAGAUCCUAGCAUCAGGGAUAUGUUCAAAUGCAAUCACACUAUUUGAAUAAAUUGUGGAUUUUGCAUUGGUG